AUGUCUCGCAUUCAGAUCCCUCUCGACCUCAUCACGUCCCGCCUCAACCUUGGAGAUCGCUUCCAGGGCUUGCGCGCGGGGCCUCUGAGCGGUCGAUUUUCCAACCUGAGGCCAAUCUCCGAGUUUUUCGACUUCAAGCGCUUGUCCAAGCCCGCCAACUUCGGUGAGGUGCAGUCGCGUGUCAACUACAACUUGAGCCACUUCUCGAGCAACUAUGCCGUGGUUUUUGUUAUGCUCAGCCUGUACGCCCUGUUGACCAACUGGCUACUGAUGUUCGACAUCAUCCUGGUCGUCUUUGGCAUGUGGUUUAUCGGCAAGUUGGAUGGAAGAGAUUUGGAAAUCGGCAGCUUCAAGGCUACUUCGUCGCAGCUCUACACUGGACUCCUCGUUGUCAGCAUUCCCCUUGGACUGAUUGCCUCUCCCUUCUCUACCCUGCUCUGGUUAAUCGGCGCUUCUGGAACUGCAAUUAUUGGUCAUGCAAGCUUUAUGGACAAGCCCAUCGAUGAGGCUUUUUCCGGGGAGGCGGUCUAA